AAAAUCUUCCCAUUUACGACUUCAGCAAUUCCAAAGUUUUUCCACAUUCUCUUCUCUCUCUGUUUUUCUUUUCCUUUUUUCUCUUUCUUUUCUUUUCUUUUCAUUUCUUUUUGAGCUAAUUAAAGCUCUUUCAGUUUGGAUAUAACAAAAUCAACAUAUAUUUCAGGACCCAGUUUUCGUAAAGCGGUGAAAACCAGGGGGGAAAAGCGUGAGAAUUUUGAAUUGAAAAAGUAAAGGGAAAAGGAAAAGUGCUUAGGGUUGUUGUUGUUGUUGUUCGAGCUUUAGAAAAAUUUUUGGAGUUUAUUCUUUGGUUGAUCGGUUGAAAUUUUUGCUUUUGAAUCGAAUAUUUGUUAAAUUAAGAAUCAAAAGAUUAUCAUCAAGGGGUGUAUAAAGGGGGGGAUGAGGACUGGCGGUGGUGACGUGUUGUGGAUAUUGUUGAACCUCUGCAGUUGUCUUCUUUCUUUCAGUGUUGGAGGACGGUGAGAAUUCUUCUUCCUUUUCUGUUGUUGCUUCUGAAUUGUUGAAUUUAUUUCGUGCUUGUGAAUGAAUUGGGUUUUUUUACUUUUGUUGGGAAUCAGUGUCUGUGAAGUGAUUGAAAUUUGGGGGGGGGGGGGCUUUGUAUUGUGAAUUUUGGUGAUCACGAUGACAUACAUUCGGCCAUUGUUGUUGGAAUCCUGAAAUUUGUUUUACUGUGUUUGUUUCAUGCAUGUACGGUAUUGAAAGAUUGUAUUUUUGUAAUGAUCGAGGAUGCAUUCUUCUAUUCUAGGCUUUGCAUGUCUGCCCAGUGAUCAAUUAAUUUACUUUACUCUUUUGUUCUAAAUGUAGUUCGAGAAGUAGUGGGCCAUGCAUAAAAGUUUUCCAUUCAUUUGGUUCAGAUUAAGCAACUCAUUAUUCCGAAUUGAUUCCAAUGUUGCUGUCCCCUGGGAUGGAUUAAUAAUUAUGAGGGAGUGAAUAGUUUUCUCUCUGUUUACUGUUAGCAGCUGCUAUUAUUGGUUCAUGACCCCAUUAAGAAAGUGGAUAUUAAUUUGGUACUCAUUUUGUUUCUUGCUGAAGGGUUAAUAGAGCAGUGAAACAGUAUGAGGAGCAAUGAAAAACCAAUUGUAGGGCGGAAGAGGGGGAAAUUUAGAGUUAGGUUUCCAAAGGUCAUGAAGUGCCUGUGCUCGGGAGAACAAUUGAGGGUAGAUGAAAUGGCUCCUUCCUCGGAUUCACUUGCGACUAAGGAUUAUUCGGCGAGUGUAUAUUCUUCUCAAACAGGAGAAGCUAGCAGAAAGCCGGACACAGGCAAUAUUGAAGAAGCCGAAUCUUCUCUGCGGGAGAGUGGCUCCCUGAAUUAUGAGGUUUUGUUAAAUCUUACUGAAUUCAAUGUUCAAAUGAGAACCGGACGCGUUGUCCUGUAACUAAGUUAUUGUUGUUCCGCAGGAAGCAAGAGCAUUGCUGGGACGAUAUGAAUAUCAGAAAGGAAAUAUAGAAGCUGCCCUCCAUGUUUUUGAAGGAAUAGAUAUCGCUGCAGUGGUGCCAAAGAUGAAAAUUUCUCUUGCCAGAAGAAGAGCACCUUCUAGGAAACAGUCACAAAGUUAUGGUUCUCUACCUAUGUCUGUACAUGCAGCUAGUUUGCUUCUGGAAGCAAUCUUUCUGAAGUCGAAGUCUCUUGAGGCUCUUGGUAGAUACAAAGAAGCUGCUCAAUCAUGCUCAAUAAUUCUGGACGUAAUUGAAUCUUCAUCACCAGGUGGCUUACCUGAAAACUUUGCUGGUGACUGUAAAUUGCAGGAGACACUGAGCAAAGCUGUUGAGUUACUUCCAGAACUGUGGAAGCUUGCCGAUUCCCCCAGUGAAACAAUUUUGUCAUAUCGGAGGUCCCUCCUUCACCCAUGGAAUCUUGAUGCACAAACACUAGCCGGGAUUCAAAAAGAGUUUGCGAUAUAUCUUCUUUACAGUGGAGGUGAAGCAAAUCCUCCAAAUUUGCGAAUCCAAAUGGACAGUUCGUUUGUUCCUAAAAACAAUAUUGAAGAAGCUAUUCUUCUUUUGAUGAUUUUGUUAAGAGAGGCUACUCUUAAACGAAUUGAAUGGGAUCCAUCGGUUCUGGAUCACCUUUCAUAUGCAUUGUGUAUAUCAGGGGGUUUCAUACCUUUAGCUAAUCAAAUGGAAGAGUUGCUUCCAGGGACUAUGGAAAGGAAAGAUCGGUUUGAGAAACUGGCCCUUUGUUACUAUGGAGAAGGUGAUGACUUGGCUGCUUUGAAUUUAUUAAGGAAGUUGUUGAGUCGAGCUGUGGAUCCAGCAUAUGUCCCAGCUUUACUGUUAGCUUCAAAAAUUUGUGGCGAGAACUCUUCAUAUGCCGUAGAUGGGAUUAACUUUGCUCAACAAGCCAUUGAAAACUUGCAUGGAAAAUGUGACCAGUUGACUGGUGUUGCAAAAUUUCUAUUAGGUGUUUCUCUUGCAACAUGUUCUAGAUCAGCUACAGCAGAUUCUGAGAGGGCACAGAGACAAACUGAGGCACUGCAGUCUUUAGAGGCAGCCGGUAAAAUCACCGGAAUGAAUGACCCAAUGAUUGUUUACCAUCUUUGCUUGGAGCAUGCUGAGCAAAGGAAGUUGGAUGCAUCACUUUAUUAUGCUAAGUGCUUGCUGAAGUUGGAUAGCGGUUCCAACAUUAGGGGUUGGUUAUUAUUAGCUCGCAUACUAUCAGCUCAGAAGCGAUUUGAGGAUGCCGAAACUAUUAUUAGUGCAGCUCUAGAUCAAACUGGAAAAUGGGAUCAAGGAGAACUGUUGAGAACUAAAGCUAAACUCCAAAUUGCGCAGGGUCAUUUAAAGGAUGCUAUCGAGACUUUCACUAAGCUUUUAGCUGUUCUUCAGGUUCAACUUAAAAGUUUUGGCUCAGGGAAAAAGCUGAAGAAUGGUCGGAAACCAAAUAGAAGUUUGGAGCUUGAAACCUGGCACGAUUUGGCAGUCCUCUAUAUUACAUUGAAUCAAUGGAGGGAUGCAGAAAUCUGUCUGUCAAAAUCUGAAGCCAUUAGUUGUUACUCUGCCAUGAGAUUGCACACUGCUGGUAUGUUAAGUGAAGUUUUAAGUUUUUUGUUAUCAGUUAUUGUGUGUGUUGUGAAUGAGGGAUUUGAUUAAGAAAUGACUGUUGAGACCAUUUGCAGAAAAUGAUAUUUUAUUGAGAUCAUUGCAUGCAUAAAUGAACCAAUGCACAUUGUGUGCCUGGGUAGUUAAUUUGCAAAUUUUUUUCCCGGACAUGAAUUGAUGAUAUUCCUGUUGACUUGAAGAUUGAUAUGAACUGGGUUUAGCAUUUUCAUGCAGUAGAUAACAUCAUUGUUAACCUUCACAUUCAGGGAGUCGCUAUCACCCAUAACUUUGAAGUAGGAAUUAAUGUCUUGAGAUUUCCUAUUGUGCUGUCAUUUUAAAGCCUGUCAUGCUCUCAUGUUCGUGCAUUUCCAGUCUCAUGUGCGGCUGCUGUACAUACAACCGUAUAUUUGGAUCUUUAUAUUCCCCGAUUCAUGCAGGUUUGCUUCAUGAAGCUAAGGGUCUCCACAAAGAAGCCCUUCGAGAUUUUGAACAUGCUCUGUCUGUUGACCCCACUCACGUCCCGAGUCUUGUCUCCAUGGCGGUUGUGCUUAGACAGAUAGGAACUAGAUCGGCUGCCACCGUUAGAAGCUUUCUAACAGAAGCAAUUCGGCUCGACAGAAUGAAUGCUUCUGCCUGGUAUAAUCUUGGCCUGGUUUGCAAAGAUGAAGGUCCUGGAUCUGCCAGGGAAGCUGGUGAUUGUUUUCAGGCCGCUGCUUCUCUUGAGGAAACAGAACCAGUUGAGCCCUUUAGAUAACUGCAUAUAGGGUAGGAUGAAAUUUUGAGUUCAUUUUAAAUGACCUGUAUUUACUGCGUAUAGUACAUACUUUUGAAGAACAAUGAUGUUCAUAGUUUCAGGAAAAUACAACGGAUUUCCUGUUUUGGAAGAGGAAAUUUUUUUUUCUUGGCUGUAAAUUUUCCUUGUACACCGUAACUCAUUCCGUCUGAGGUAUACUAACCCCUCGUAUCUUCCUUUUUUAGCAAAGUGAAUUUUGUCAUCACUGGAUGUCAGAUUAACAUUUCACGAAGAAGACUGAAAUGCGAACAAGGAAUAGAAGAAAAGUGGAUCACGAGAAAAUCCUGGCCUGAUAAUAAUGCUGUGAAAUUUAGUGCACGGAUCAUGUGAUUACUCUCACAGUCUCACUAAAUGCUGGUUUUAGCUAUAUUUCAUUUACGAAUAAUGGCAGGUUUACUUUCACAAACUCAAAGUAUCGAAACACACUAAUCCAUUUGGGAGCGGUAAUAAGCCUUGCAAUAACAC